CCCACGUUACACUGGCACUCGUGCAGGACCCUCGAGUCCUCAUAUCACCGGCCUAGUCCCCUUCAGCGCGCGUAGAUGCAUGCCAUUCACCGCCUCUAGCACCCAAAGACACUCAAUUCCUGCCCUCGAGCGCAUAAACGACUGCUGACAACCAUUCGACGUCGGCCAUUCGCCCGUGCUAUGCCCGCAGUAGCGACCCAUGCGCCGCCUCUGGCCAUUUCCUUCGAUGAAGCCUCCCUCUCCCACCGUUUGCAGCGCCGAGAUUCACGUCGAGUCGAGUACCAAUUCCCAAUUGAAGAGGAGGACGAGAGUACAGGGACCGCAAGCGAGCCCGCCGAGCCCCUCACACCAACAAGCCACACCAGUGAGGGCACCUCUUCCUUCUCUCAUUCCUUCCCCCACGCUACCACCAACGACAUGCUGCCCAAGCCCCUACCCCAAGAGGCACCUUCGCCUGCAACCUUUUCCACGCAAUCGGAGCCAAAUACCCAGGCGUCUCACCAGGUUGAGCUCCAGUCUUCACCAGAGAGGGUUGGGUUAGGAAAGCGUGUCGGCUCCUUUGUCCGCAGCAGAUUGCAUAGAAGUCACUCGAAUAAAGACGGCCCCAGUCAAGCAGAGGUGCCAAAUGCCCCGAGUCCCAGCAGACUGUCGAAUCCAAAGGUCGAAACGAACACAUACAUCGUCAAGACAGGCGUGGACGGGCCAGCUGAAGUGUCAACUCCUGCCGUACACAUUCCUAAACAAAGUAGAAGGCUCAGCUCAUUUUCCCUCACUCGACGUUCGGACCGUUCUUCACACGCUAAUUCGCCGCCUUCUGGUUCACCUAUGAGCACUCUUUCAAACGCAAAGAAGGGUUCGGAAAAAAGACCUGGACUUGGCAAGAAACCCUCCUCGCCCACAUCUCACUCAAGUAUGGAAAGACCACGACCUGGAAUUACAUGGGCUGGACCCGACACUACGAAAAGUCCGAGGAAGCAUGGGUGGUCGCGGAGGCGGUCAGCAAGUAUGGAGCAGAUUCCUCGACUCGAUGAAGGUGAUGAGAAGCCGACAGCUGGCAUGCUGGCUACUUUCUCAAAGCCGGCUGUCGAGGGCGCGGGUUUGAAAGUUCGUCGAUUGAGCGUUAAUUUGCCUGAUGAUUUUAUAAUAGACUGGUGCGAUCUUGAUAAGGAGUUCAAAAGCUCAAGUCUAAUGCCUGGGAAGAGAGGAAGAAUUUUGGGUAAAGGCGCAACUUCUGAAGUCCGCAUCAUGGCACGGAGAGGGGCGUUAUCAAAAGAUGAAGAGCUGGUAGCCGUCAAAGAAUUCCGAGCGCGCGACAAGGACGAAACCGAGGAAGACUACGUCUUGAAAAUUAAAUCCGAAUACAGCAUCGCGAAGAGCCUACAUCAUCCCAACAUUGUCGAGACGGUACGACUAUGCACAAAUCGGCAACGCUGGAACCAUGUCAUGGAGUUUUGCACGUACGGAGAAAUAUACUCGCUAGUAGAGCGCAAGCUGUUCGCUGGUGGUGUAGAAGGCUUUUACAGCCGAGACGAUCGUUUGUGCUUCUUCAAGCAGCUCCUUCGAGGUGUCGACUUCCUGCACAGCCAUGGUAUCGCCCAUCGAGACAUAAAGCUGGAAAAUCUACUUCUCAACAAGGAUGGACAUCUCAAAAUCUCGGAUUUUGGCGUGGCUGAAGUGUUCAGCGGCGAACACCCGGGUCUUCGUGCUUCUGGGGGCGAAUGCGGCAAAAAUAUGGGCGCACUGCGCCUGUCAGCUCCUGGCAUUUGCGGUAGUCUUCCCUACAUCGCCCCAGAAGUUCUGGAGAAGAAUCAUAGCUAUGACCCGCGUCCCCUCGAUAUCUGGUCUUGUGCGAUUGUCUAUCUAACAAUGACCUUUGGUGGUUGUCCAUGGCAGGCCGCUAAGACAGAGUUCGAGUACUAUGCACGAUUCAAAAAGGGUUGGAACCAAUGGCUGGAAGAACAUCCUGAUGGCCAAAUUUUCGAAGGCCCAGAUGGGCACCCGAAAUGUGGCAAGCUCUUCAGCCUUAUCGAACCUCCUUCGAUAAAACGGCUGAUCUUGAAGAUGCUCCAUCCAAUUCCCAGCAAGCGUAUCAUGAUUCCCGAUGUUAUGAAGACGGCGUGCAUCAAGAACAUUGCUUGUUGUUGCCCCGAAACCUAUGAUGAUCCGAAGGUCUGCUUUGACGCAUCAAAGGCCAGUAGCGCAAAGGUUGCGGCGACGAAAAAGUUUCUACAUCAUCAUAUUCCACCGAAGCCUGAAAACAAGGUUGGAAAGGCAUUUACUCACCGCUUUGACAUGGGCGAACGGUAAUCACGACCUGACACGUUUUCACGCAUCUCUUUUUGUUCAUGAUUGCAUUAGCUGGCGUUGGAUAGCAAGCUUCGCAGGACCAAAAAGGUGGCUUAUGUCCCAUUCACAGAACAGGCGUUUUGCUGCCAUUUUCUCAAGCGCUCCGUCUUCUACAUGCCUCGAUAUAUGAUCAACGAUUGCUUAUACGUCUAUUGUCACUGACCGCACAUAUAAGCGGGUUUCAUUAUUUUGUCAAACCAGCUGUCAUCAAUACACU